UUCCCUCAGGUGCCCCGUGUCCUUCUCUGGCUGGUCAUGGAAAUAGCAAUCAUUGGUUCGGAUAUGCAGGAGGUCAUUGGCACAGCCAUCGCCUUCAGCCUGCUUUCUGCUAGGAGGAUUCCCCUGUGGGGUGGCGUCCUCAUCACCAUCGUGGAUACGAUGUUCUUCCUUUUCCUGGACAAUUAUGGGCUGAGGAAGUUGGAAGCUUUCUUCGGUUUCCUCAUCACCAUUAUGGCCCUCACUUUUGGUUAUGAGUACGUGGUAGUGAAGCCAGACCAAAGGGAGCUGCUCAAGGGACUCUUUCUGCCCUCCUGCUCGGGCUGUGGCCAGCCUGAGCUCCUGCAGGCAGUGGGCAUCGUAGGUGCCAUCAUCAUGCCCCACAACAUCUACUUACACUCUGCUCUAGUCAAGUCCAGAGAGAUCGAUCGUUCCCAAAGACAGGAAGUUCGAGAGGCCAACAUGUAUUUCCUGAUAGAGGCUUCCAUCGCCCUGUUCGUCUCCUUCCUCAUCAACCUGUUUGUCAUGGCGGUCUUUGGCCAGACCUUCUACCAGCAUACCAACCAGACUGUGCAUGAUGUGUGCGCCAAUGGGAGUCUCUCUUCUUACACCUCGUUCCUCAAGGACGGCCAGCUGGUGACUGCGGACAUCUACCAGGGGGGUGUGAUUCUUGGAUGCUUCUUUGGCCCUGCUGUCGUCUACAUCUGGGCUGUGGGCAUCCUGGCAGCUGGCCAGAGCUCCACCAUGACAGGCACCUAUGCCGGGCAGUUUGUGAUGGAGGGCUUCCUGAAGCUCCGCUGGUCACGUUUUGCCAGAGUCCUCUUCACUCGCUCCUUUGCCAUCCUGCCCACCAUCUUGGUGGCCAUCUUCAGGGAUGUACAAGAUCUGUCUGGCUUGAAUGACCUUUUAAACGUACUGCAGAGCCUGCUGCUCCCCUUUGCGGUGCUCCCCAUCCUCACCUUCACCAGCAUGCCCUCCAUCAUGCAGGAGUUCACCAAUGGCUUGCUCUCCAAAGUCACCACAUCCCUCAUCAUGGGGCUGGUCUGUGCCAUCAACCUCUACUUUGUGAUCAGCUACCUGCAGGGGCUCCCCCAUCCGGGGUACCACGCGCUAGUAGCCGUGCUGGCUGUCGCCUACCUCGCUCUCUUCUUCUACCUGAUGUGGACCUGCUGCAUCGCCCACGGGGCUGCCGUCCUGGCGCGCCGUUCUCACCGGCAAUUCCUCUAUGGACUUCCAGAGGAAGAAAAGAAGAAGGGCAAUCCCAGCAGCUGAGCCCUUCUGCCCAGGAGGCUGGGGAGGGCAGCGGAGAGGGGGAUCCCGCCCGCCCAAGUGCUGGAAAACUCAGCCGGAGGCCCCUCGCACCA